GAGUCCGGGCUUGACUCAUCCCCUACCUCACUUGGGCUGAGGUCCCAGUUCUGUAACAGAAAACAUCACCACUUCAGACCAGCACAGCUGAGAAGCACCCAGCCUAGAAGUCUCCUGCCCUGGCCCUCCACCAUGGAGUACCUCUCUGCCCUGAACCCCAGCGGUCUGCUCAGGUCAGUAUCCAAUGUGAGCUCUGAGCUUGGCCGUAGGGUCUGGACCUCAGCGCCACCACCCCAGCGACCUUUCCGUGUCUGUGAUCACAAGCGGACCACCCGGAAAGGCCUGACAGCUGCCACCCGCCAGGAACUGCUAGACAAGGCACUGGAGACCCUGAUGCUAAGUGGAGUGCUGACCCUGGUGCUAGAGGAGGAUGGGACCGCCGUGGAGAGUGAGGACUUCUUCCAGCUGUUGGAGGAUGACACGAGCCUGAUGGUGCUGGAGUCCGGGCAGAGCUGGAGUUCCAGCAGGAGUGGGGUGCUGUCAUAUGGCCUGGGCCGGGAGAAGCCCAAGCACAGCAAGGACAUCGCCCGCAUCACCUUUGACGUGUACAAGCAAAACCCUAGAGACCUCUUUGGGAGCCUGAACAUCAAAGCCACAUUCUACGGGUUGUACUCCAUGAGUUGUGACAUUCAAGGACUCGGCCCAAAGAAAGUACUCAGGGAGUUCCUCCGAUGGACCUCCACACUGCUGCAAGGCCUGGGCCAUAUGUUGCUAGGAAUUUCCACCACCCUUCGCCAUGUGGUGGAAGGCGCUGGGCAGUGGAAGCAGCAGGGUCGCCUUCAUCCCUACUGAGAAGAGCUCUGAGCUUCUGCCCCUAGACUCAUUCCAAGAGAUGGCUGUAAGGACUGUGACAGCAUCAGGUUUGGGGACCUGCAGACAGUGUACACUAGAUAAUUAAUUCACCUGGUUUCCCCACUGUCCUCUAACCUCAUCAGCUAAUGCCUUAUACCCCUAGCCUAUACCCAUUCCUGAAGAAUGCUGUCCCCUCCUAACCAUCUUUCCAGCCUCCCACCUACCCUGAAAGGCCACACGCCUGUCCCAGGCAUCUUGAUCCCACCCUGAUUGCCGCUACAUCUAGAUGUCCUUACAAUUCUUCCCGAUCCCGAGCUCCCAGUGCACUGAAGUUGGCCCUCUUGGUCUUUACCUUAAGAUCUCGAUGUCUUCAUACCCUUGCCCCCAAGAAUAACAAAGACAUUUCCAAUAAAAAUAUAAAAAUGUUUACCAAUAA